GAGAGGGAGAAGAGAGACAGAGGGCGAGACGGACAGACAGCCAGCCAGGCAGCCAAAGAGAGUGAGUCGUGUCGGAAGAAGUAGCGGUUCGCGAGAUCGGUCGAUCGGUCGGUCGUUCGUUCGUUUACUCGUUCGGUCGGUCGGUCGGUCGUUGAUUAAUUAUUCGCCUUGCGCUCCGUAUAUGCCCGUCUCAUCAGUGGAUGUAAACGGCGCGGCCGCGGCCGCGGCUGCGGUCGCGAUUACCGCGCUCGACGGCGAAUCGAACGACGGCCGCGACGGAUUAUCAUCAUCAUCGUCGUCGUCGUCGCGACGGUUGCGGUGGCCGCUCGCUUGGCUGAAUAUGAUGCGCGCCUGCGACGACGUUCUCUUGGAGAAAUUCCGCGGUGCCAAUAGCACCGCGUCAACAACGACGACCGUAGCGACAGCGGUGACAGCAGUAGCGGUUACGGUGGAGAAGGAUGGAGACGCGGCGCCGACCGAAGUGGCAACGUCGAAAAAGUGCGAAGGGCAGCUACCUUCCUCGUUUAAGGCGAACAGCUGUUCGUCCUGCUGUUGUUGUUGCAAGUCCGCCAUCACCAGUCGCACGACAGAAAUGGCGCAAGAGGAUCAUUCCGGCGGACCCUCCUGGGACAAUCUGCCCAGUGUUAUCCUGCAGGAGAUAUUCUCGUAUUUGUCGCAUGAGUCGCGAAUUAAAGCCUCCCAGGUGUGCAGAAAUUGGAGGUACACCUUGUUCCAUCCAAGUUUCUGGAGGAAAAUUUCUUUUGUGUUCAAAGAUGAGGAUAGUGUUUCGUGGGUUAGAUUCAUGGCAGAUUGUUUUGCUCUGAGUGUGCACGAGGCAACAAUACGUUGGGAUAUAUCUAGCAGAAGAUACAUUGACUGCAUGAGCGAAACAUACAAUCUUCUAAAGAAAUUAAGUUACAACAGACAACUGAGAAAAUUAUUUUUGGAAUUUAGCUGUAACAAUUACGACUACUCCUUUGACAACGAGGAUGACAGUAGCUAUUAUUUCCCGAUAUCGCUAACGGAAUGUGUGGUAAAAAUUAUUGAGACUUCUAACCACCUGGAAGCUCUGAGUCUGGGAUGCUCAGAAGAGCUAACAGCAAAUGCGAGUAUAAUUCUGGAGCCUCUCCGUCUUCACCACGCCAAGCACUUAACGCACCUCAGUCUGGCGUCCAUUAAAGAUGACCCUGAAUACUACGAUCUUUAUGAGCUCGAUAAUUCAAUCUUCAAUUCGUUUAUCAGAUUAUCCAUUUUAACCUUGGAUUACGAAUAUGUCAGUGAUACCUUGUUGAAGGCGCUCGAUAACGGAUGCAUGCAAAGACUCGUGAUUCAUGUGCACGGCUGGAAAGAUUAUCCAGGAACGACGAAUAGGGCCUGGCAAGUGUUUGUUCAGAAGAACCCACAAUGUGAAUUGAGACUCAACCUCAUACAUUCUUAUCGCGGCGUUAAAGUUUUGGACUCCGAUAUACUUUGCGCAGCAAUGCCAUUGACACAUCUGAAAGUUCUGUUCUGCGAAGGCGUUAAUAUUAGAGCGUUGCUCCGACUAUCAAUGUGGUACUCGCAUACACUAAAAUCGUUGACGUGGAUUGACUCGAUAGAUCGUAAACAAUAUAUGCCAGCCACGCUCGAUCCAAACGAUCCAAAUAGCCCGGAUCCGCUGGUGUUGGCGGCAUGGAAGUGCACCAAACUCACGAAAAUCGUGUUCUUAGGCCACAAAUAUUAUCAAGAGAAUCUAUUGGCCAUCGCGCGUCUGCGAGGAAGCACUCUUCAGGUGUUGGCCUUCGCGAAGAGUGAUAUCACAUCCGAGAAUGAAUCGUGGCACAAAACCGAGAGUAUCACACACGAAAUUCGAGAGAUCAUGGGUCUGCAUUGGAUGCCGUUGAGCGACUCAGAUCUACCAAUGGUGAUAUUAGAUCCUUUCAAAGGCGACAGCAGAGAAGUGAUUACGCCGCUGGUUCUCAGAGACCAGAAGUAAUUCCGCAACGAAAGUCAUGGAAAAUUAUCUCUACCCAGUGUGAACGUAUCCGGCAACCACGAGGACUUCCAGACCAACUGGCAUCCUGAACAGUAAAGUCUCAUUGGGUUACAUCUUAUUCUUUUGUAAGAUCUUUUGCUUAUCUUUUCGUUUUUUUUUUUUUUUUUUUUUUUUUUUUUUUUUUUUUUUUUUUUUUUUAUGAGACAUACGGCCGAGGCAUAUCUCGAGCGGCGGCGAAAUACGUGCUGUAAACUCGAAAUUUCGCGUUGCCAGCGGUAUUAGUCUCCCGAGGUGAGAAUUGUAUUAGGAUACAAUGUGUAUAACAGAGUGGUGAACGCACACGUAACUUUUCCUUGUUUACGAUAUUUCUCGUCGUUUCGUAUAGAUAAAUGUGAUAAAACUGUCGUAGUUAACUAAAUCGAUUUCGAUUUGCCGCGAUGGCUAAGUACGAACCGAUGCAAAUCACGAGGAGUUUGCAACAAACAGUGAAAACGAUCUCUUCGUAUGGAGAACACACGCGCGGUGAUUUAUAUAUACUAUAAUUUCUUUUCCUUUAUAUGGGAAGCACGAGCGCUUUGACAUUGACGAAGAUGUAACGCGCUAUAAAAUACGAUCACGUACACGUUAAUGCACCGUAAGAAGCAAUAUACGCUGAACGAUCGUCCCUCUCGCCUAAAAUCAAUGUGUUUACCGGAACGAAAAUAUCCAGAAUACAUUUUUUAUAUUAAUCACGAUAAUAUUCCGGUUAACGAGCAGCAGCACGUUAAAGAACGUUGCGACUGAGAACGGUAUCGCAGUCUCGAGAGAGAGAGAAAUUUGCCUCUCGAAUCUUUCGACAGAUUUAUAACCGCAUGCGAAAUGCGGUCAGAGCUGUGAGUCGCGAAAAAUCGCGAGCGACCUGUCCAUUAAUAAGUGGAAGACGAAAAAUUAUCAGAACUGCGACACGCGUGAGAAAGGAAGGGGAGAGGCUCGAUCUCAUGAUCUUCCAUUGGAAAGGAUAACGCGAAUUCCAAAUGUGUGGUGGUGCAAAGCGACAACAAAAGACGCGUUAACAACAUAUUUUUCCAAUUCUCUGCGAGCGAGUAAUAAAUAAAAUGUAAAAGCGUGCGCCAAGAGCAUGACGUGCGAGAGUAAAUAUCUUCUAACGCGAAUGGAGUUCGUCGGAUAUAAGCGUCGUGAGUAUCGCGCUCUCAAAAUGACGGAGAAAAAUACGAAGUCGAUAUAUAGCGAUCCGAGGUUAUUUUUAAUACC